AUGGCGUACCACGUGCUGGCGGUGCCGUAUCCGGGAAGAGGCCAUGCCAAUCCAAUGAUGAACCUCUGUAAAAUUCUAGCUUCUCUGAUGGCAUCUCAUGACCAAGAAAUUCUCAUAACUUUUGUUGUCACAGAAGAGCGGCAGGGCUUACUCGGCUCCGAUCAAACCAGGCCCAAUAAUCUAACCAUCUCCACAGUUCCCAACGUGCUCCCGUCUGAGCUAGUCCGUGGCUCCAACUUCCUUGGGUUCUAUGAGGCUACGCGCGUGACCCUUAUUAUAGCUGAAGCCGAACUUCAGUGGGCUGUCCCUCUUGCCAAUCGCUGGAAUAUUCCGGUGGCUAUUCUCUGGACCAGUUCUGCAUCAGUGUUUUCCAUGUUCCUCCACUUUCAUCUCCUUCGCCAAAAUGAACAUCUGGGAAUUAAUUUGUCAGGCAGGCUCCGUAAUUUAAAGAACUUCGACACUAAUAACAGAGUAUUGCAGCUAAGCUUGCAAUGCAUAUCAAGGGUCAAACAAGCGCAGUAUCUCCUCAUGAAUUCCAUCUACGAGCUUGAAACCCAAGUCAUCGAUAUUCUUAAAGGCAUAUACUCUUUCCCUGUCUACUCCGUUGGCCCUGCAAUCCCAUUCCUUGACAUGAAUAACGACCGUCGCACAGAAGGCCAUAGCCCCAACUAUAUGGAAUGGCGUGCAGGAAAGUGGUGUGAGAUUCUUGUGGGAGGCUCGCGGAGACAACUCAUGGUGGAAGCAAGAUUCCGGGACAAGAGGCUUUUUGUGUCUUGGUGUGAACAAUUGAGGGUUCUGUGCCAUUCUUCUGUAGGGGAAUUUUUGUCCCAUUGUGGCUGGAUCUCAGUUUUAGAGGCAACUUUCGCUGGCGUUCCUAUUCUUACUUUCCCUAUAUACUUUGAUCAGACUCCCAACGGUAAGCAAAUUGUAGAGGAUUGGAAAGUUGGAUGGCGAGGAAGAGAGCGCAAAGGAGCUGAUAAUGUUGUGACGAGGGAGGAAAUAUCAAUGCUUGUAGCGAGGUUUAUGAACCCUGAAAGUACGGAACAUGAUGAGCUAAGGAGAAGAGCAAAACAAAUUCAAGGGUUUUGCAGAAGAGCGAUUGCAGAAGGGGGAACAUCGAGUAAUUCCUCCCCCUCUCUCUGGCAAAGGGAGCGUCUUGAUUUUAGAUUUUGGAUCACUGCUGGCUGUUUGAAUUCGUAUCGCACUCAACAAAUUCUUCUCGGACUCCUGUACGAUUUGGUGGUACAACUUGAUUGUUUCUUUUAUCUGGUGGAGCACAUGAGCUCGUUCUUUAUGGGACUCUGGAGAGCUUGGCGUGAGAGAGAGUUGCAAUUUCAAACACUGGAAUUCUGUUUCAAUGGGAACUUCAACUUCUCUAUUGCAAAGUAUUUUUUGUUAGAUGGUGUUUUCACGACUUCCUAG